CAUGCGCCCCUGUUGACACGCAAGCCCCGGCGAACGGGUCGUCGUCAGAAUCUCUCCCUCUUCACUAGGAGAAACAACCAACUUGGUUCCAUUGAAUUUUAAGACUGUUAUAUUUUUAAAAAGAUAGUUAUUAUGAGUGAACAUUUUUGCCUGAGGUGGAAUAACCACCAGAGUACGCUUGUCUCGGUCUUCGAGCACCUUCUGGAAUCGGAAACACUUAUAGACUGUACCUUGUGCGCAGAAGGACAACUUCUUAAAGCACACAAAGUUGUCCUGUCGGCCUGCAGCCCAUGCUUUGAGUCGAUGUUGUGUGUGCAGGAGGAUAAACACCCUAUUAUCUUCUUGAAAGAUGUAAAAUUUAUAGAACUCAAAGCAAUGUUAGAUUAUAUGUACAGAGGAGAAGUAAAUAUCCACCAGGACCAUUUAGCAUCAUUCAUAAGCACUGCGACAGCACUUCAAAUAAAAGGUUUAGCAGAUAAAGGUGGAGGGGGAGGGACAGGAGAUGAACCUCCUGCCAAGAAAGGGCCCGGGCGAAAAACUGGAAUGUCCGACGUCGCACCGGAGAGCCCACUAGUCGGAAAUGCACCGCUCAGGGAAGGCUCGAUCUCUCCUUCAACGAGAAGAAGGAGGAGGCCGAGAAGACCUUCGACUGACGAUGUCUCCGCAGAUAACUCUUGUGAUAUCCCGGCCUUACCGGCCACACCUCUCCCGACCCCCGCCGCUCCCCCGCAAGCGACCCAGGCUGACAUACGGACUUCCACACCCGGCGAACCUAGGCUUCUUACCGUCAAGAAACAGGAACCGAUGGACACACCAAUGAUUCAACCCAAGACUGAGUAUAUGGAAGAAACGAACGAAGAUAUCGAGGACCUGACACUUGACGAUGAUGACGACUACAAUGAUAUGUCUGAUAUGUCUAAACCUGGAACGUCUUACGGAAUGGCACAAGGAGGAUCUUCUAGUCAACCUGAUUUUUCGAAUUGGCAAAUGAUGGGAGGCGAUCGAACCGGACAGGAUGAGGUUUUUAUGGCUGCGACAGAAGCGAUAAAUAAUCAAUCAAACCCACAAGUGUUUUUCAAUUAGAAAAAAGCCCAAUUG